AAUCCAAACAAAAUUGCGAAUUUGCUAAAAGCAUAUUCUUAAAGAUAAGUUUACCGUUAAUUCCACCAACGACGCCCUCAAAAUGGCGGAUCACAAGUAUAAGCUUUUCAAUGCGGUCGAUCCCAGCAAAGUAAAAGUUCCCUUUAAUCAGAAAUUUGCCAAUUUGACGCUAUCCUCCCACAAAAAACGACAACAGAUAUCCUUGGAUCCAAAGGAGCACACUGAAAAGAGGAAUCCUCGGGAGCAAAGUCUGCAGAAAACUCAUACCAUGCGCGGAAAUGUUGGUGCUCCGCCCUGCCCAGAAAAUACGGAGGACACGCAACCGGAUCUUGAUAGUUCUGAUUACAUGGACGCCCUGCAACUGAGCGGCGACGGCUGUAGCCAGGAUGUGGCGGAUCCGGAUGUAGAGCAAAUGUCCGCCGGCAUUAGCAAUUUGACAAUGCAGCCAAAGGAGCAGCAGCUACCCUCCAAUCAAGAGACUUCCAUUUGCAUUUCCUCCACGACGGACGAGAACGCCUCCUGCAUUACAAUAUCCGAUUCCAGCGAGGACGAAGACGAGGAUGAGCCCCUGCCCCCCGAUAGCAUGGCUGUUAGCGAUCGAGCACUCAAUUCCGAUCAGGAAGCCAUACCGCCGCCCACACUUACCAACGAGAAGGUUCAGCGCAUUGAGGCCUUCCUGCGCGAUGUCUCCAUGAAGCGACGCGAGAUGGAGCAGAAUGGCCCCCAAACACCAUCCCCCCUCUCGUCUACUAAGCACCAAUCCCGGCUAGCAGAGGCCGACACCGAAUCCAUGUCACCCAACGACGAGGACUGGCAGCCACCGGUUACCAGACCGAUAGACAGCAGUAAGCGACUGGCAGACAACGAAACGCUGGUGGAUACUAUCUGCUCGGCGGAGGUGACUCAACUGGACACCAGCAAGAGGCUGGCGGAUGACGAAACGGAGGCGAACACCCUGGCAUCCGAAGAUCUCAAAUCCAGAGACGGCAGCAAGCGACUGGCGGAAAAUGAUACGGAACUCAACACGUUGUGCUCCAACAGUCACAACUCGACGCUGAACGACGAGGAGCAGCCCGUUCCGGAGGAACCAGUUGAGAUACCGGAAACCAGUAGCGAGGGCGAACCGACGCCAAAGAAACCCAGUCCUGCUUCGUCAAUAUCUGGCGAAAAUGAGCUUGGUUCUUUCCAAGUGAGCAGAAUUAAUAUCUCGGCCAAGAUCAACAUAAAAAUAAGCAUUCCCACUAUGGAGUCCAGUUCGACGUCGGAUGAGGAGCAGCAGUAUCCUUCGCCCAGGAACAUCAAGUCCUUGGCCAGCUCAGAGGAGGUGCAGCACCAGGAGCAGCGACGGAAAGAACGAUCGGUGCACCAAAAAUCCAUGCUGUCCACGGGUGAUGCUUCCGAGGAUGAGCAGUUCCUCACCCAUGCCGAGAAGCUGCUUAACCAGUUGUAUGGCAAGUCCUGGCAGACACCUGAUGUGAUCCGCACCCUAAAGCGCUCUAGUGGCAGUGGCGGUAAAACGGCUCCUUUACGGCCCAGGAAUAUUCUUCCAACAUCGGCAACAACCGCUAAAAAGAAGAAGCCUCGUCCUCCGCCCGUUAGGCCAGAUGAAAGUGCACUUGGUGACUUCAGCAUUUUUACGCGUGCCCUGCGGACAAAUGAUACUCCCUUGAACUCCACUCGUCUGCCCCCCGUGAGAGCUUUCCAAACGGAGAGGCGUCCGAGGACGCAAAAGCCAGUGACACGGCCUCGGACCAAUCAUGUGGACGAGGAUCGCUGGCGGAAGCUAAUAGAUUCAGAAAGCGGCACAGAUGCCUCCGACGACGAGGAUGCGGAUGCCACGUUCAGCGAAAGUGGCUGUGAUAGCAACAGCGAUUCGGACGAGCAGGGCAAAGAGAAGGGCGGUGAUAUUACAUACCUGGAUCUGACCAAUGACGAGGUGGAGGUAGUCAGCAACCCCGAUGAGGAUUCGCAUUCGCCCAAGUUCCAUCGCCGCCUGGACGACAUUCUGCAUUCCUGUCGCGCCAGCGUUAAGGCUAAACUGCCUGCCACUCCAGCGACCCAGGCCACAACUCGCCGCCAGCUCUUCACACCAAACGCUGGCUUCGAGGACGACACGGAGGCUAAGGCGAUAGUGGACAAGGCACUGGAUUUGGACAUGCUGGAUGAAUUGGAGGGCGACUACCUACCAGGCACUCCUGUUCAUAAGCGAGUGCAGGAAAUAAAGAAGAAGCUUGGCAUUGGUCAGCAGGUACAGACAACACCCCAGGAAAGUCCGAUCCUUAAGUUGCUCACCCCGCAAACUGCGCCGCCCAAAGCCUUUGCUCCGCCCAAAACCAAAGCCCCACCCAAAUCCACUGCCCGCAAGACCAAGAAGCAAAAGGAACAGCCACCCAUUAUGACCGGGGGAAAGUGCGGCUUCUUAAAAUCACUGGAGGGACAGGUGAGCCGGGAUCGGGCGGACAACGAGGCCUUCUUUUAUCGGGAGAACUUCGCGAAGAACAAGGAUCUGCUGGCCCAGCAUCUUUACAAGAUGUUCAACGCCCAGGUGUUCAACAACGAGCUGGAUGUCCCCAUCACGUGGUCCAAACUGCUGCGCAACACAGCCGGACGGUGCAUGAACAAACGCAAACUUAACCAGCGCAGCAGUGUGGUGGAACUAAGCGUCAAAGUGCUGACCACGGCGGAUCGCCUGCGGUGUACCUUGAUCCACGAACUAUGCCAUGCCGCCGCAUGGGUUUUCAAUGGAGAGGGUGGCCAUGGAAGGGUGUGGAAGAUGUGGGCCCAGCGGGCUAACGACAAGUUUCCCGAUCUGCCGCAGAUUAAGGUCUGCCACAACUACAGCAUAGAGUUUAAGUACACCUACAAGUGCCUGAGCUGCGACAAAGCUUCACAUGCUCACUCCCGAUCCCGGAAAGUGGAGGACCUGCGGUGCAGGAUCUGCAGGGGCCCCAUUACAUUGUUUCUGAACAAAAAAGACAAGCAGGGAAACACCGUGUCUACGCCGGCGGGAGAGGCCAAGGGAUUCGCAAAGUUCGUCAAAGAAAACUUCCAGAAGCACAAACGGGAAAAUAUGACCGCCGCCCAGGUUAUGCGCAUCCUCAGCGUGGAGUACGCAAAACAGAAGGUCCAGCCGACGGGAGAGACAGCGGCGUCGAUCGCCAGCCGAGUGGAAACGCUAACUCUGAGCGAUUAGCUCAACUAGCUAUAUCUAGACACAACCAGUUAAGGACUGUUCUCCAAUGAGUUUUUCCAUUUUUUCAUUUUUAUUUU